AUGUCCGUCGAACGCUACCCUCAAUCCUCUCAAGCACCUACCCGCCUCUACACCCCGCCACUCAGUGGCGCAGAGCAAGACUUCCAUCAAAGACUGCUAAACGAAGUACGGGAGACAUAUCGUUCUGUUGGCAACGUACUCGAGCGUUUGUCGUAUGUUGAGCGGCUACUCCAAGAUUAUGUCGCUCCAGCCUCUGUCUAUCCCCCACCACUCGAAAGAGGGGCAUCUUACGGCCUAAGAAACGAGGUGGCUACAAGCUAUGUUCACCCUGCGUACGCGCCCCGUUCUCCAAACCCUCGAGACCUAUUGCCCGAGCAUUCCAGAUAUCUCACCAACGUGUUACCUGAAAGUAGACCGGGCUAUUCUGUGCAUGCCCAUCGCCGUGACCCAAUGGGACCGGAAGAGUAUAGGCAGUCGUUCUCAGAUUGGCGUCACCCAUCAUACACAGAGAGAGUUCAUCAUCGCCCACGGUCUCCCCUUGUAGAGCCACUAAGACAGACAUCUGAUCCAGUUUACGGAACUUCCCCACAACACAGGGAGGGAGCGUGGAGACGCGAACGUUCUCCUUACGAAGAACGUACCCAUCGUCAACAUGGAGAUGGCGGUGAAGAUGCUUUCGACCUACCUGAUGUUACACGGAGGUCCUCCCGCCCAUAUGUCCAGGAACAAGAACGCUUCCAUAGCCGUGACGACCCUCGCCCUGAAGGAAGUUUCUUGGUUCCCCGAGUAGGUCCGACUCCCGUUCCAUUGUUGAUGCCAGCGCCAAGAAAGCGACAAAGGUCGGUUGACGAGGCAGAGAGGGAUCAUAACCGUGGCAACGUGGAAUCAUCGAAGAGACGGAGGGGCCAGUCGAAACAUACUGAUGUUCAUCUUUGGCUUCAAGAGGUGGACGCUGGUACACUGUCUCCAACGUACAGGCCCGAGUCCCCACUACCAGCGCCAGCGCCAGCACCACCAUCCCCACCGAGAAUAGACGAAACGCAGCUCCAUGAAGCACCUGAAUGGACACGCAAGGAUGAGGAUGGGCCUUUAACUUUGCCGCCUCUCCGUCAGACGUCUCCCGUCCACGACUCGAUCUUAUACAUACCUGUUUCCAGGAGCGUAGUACUGCCACCUUCAUUAGCGUAUAAGGAGGAGCUACGACGUUCCAGGGUUGUCCCAGAUGAAGGGCCUUCAAGUUCGGGCCACACAACCUGGGAUUCGCCUAGUGACUUGCAAUGGGUGGGUGUGGAGGAACGAUAA